GCCUAAGAGUUGGAAAAAGAUGGAAAGUAAAUUAAACCGCGAUUAAAGUUGAUCUGCAUUGGUAGAAAUAGGCACAAGAGAGGUACUGUUAUUAACAUUUUCAUUAAAGUGCGCGAUAUGUACGCGCGUGAGUUGAUUUAAAAAAUUUUACCCGCGACAUGUUUCGAAGAGGGCGCUUUCCAAUCGGAAUUGAAGCAGCGGAAGCAGCCAUCGUCUCUGUUAUCACAGAAACUGACAGGGUUUCUUCGACGUGGCCGUAUCGGUCCAGUGAUUGGACCGGGAGCCAUUAACUAGACAAACAACAGGGUUUCUUCGAUGCCUCCAGCAUGAAUGUCGUUGUUGUAACCGGCGGUACGGGGCUCGUGGGUAGAGCCAUUCAAAGUGUCGUCGAGCAGGAUAAGAGGGAGAACGAGAAAUGGAUAUUCGUUGGAUCGAAAGACGCGGACUUGUGUGACAAGGAGAGCACGCGGAGGUUGUUCGAGGCUCACAGACCGACCCACGUCGUUCACUUGGCCGCCAUGGUCGGCGGCCUCUUCCACAACAUGUCACAUAAUUUGGACUUUCUGCGGAACAAUGUGCACAUGAACGACAACGUCCUGCACACAGCUCACGAGCACGGUGUCACGAAGGUGGUUUCGUGCCUCUCCACUUGUAUAUUUCCCGACAAGACGUCCUAUCCGAUAGACGAAACUAUGGUACACAACGGACCGCCGCAUCCUUCGAAUUACGGCUACAGCUACGCCAAGCGACUCAUAGACGUUGCUAACAGAGGUUACCACGAUCAACACGGUAGACAGUACACCAGCGUGAUUCCUUGCAACGUAUUCGGCCCCCACGACAAUUUUCGUCCCGACGCCAGUCAUGUAAUACCUGGUUUAAUGCGGAGACUCCACGACUUGUGCAAAGAUGGAAACACAGAAGAUAAGGUAUUCACUGUGCUGGGCUCGGGUAAACCUCUGAGGCAAUUCAUCUACAGCAUAGACUUGGCGAAGCUGAUAAUUUGGGUGCUGCGGGAAUAUGAUUCUGUGGAACCGAUCAUAUUGUCAGUGGACGAAGCGCAAGAAAAAUCGAUAGCGCAGGUGGCGGAGACGCUGGCGCGAACUUUCGGCUUUAAGGGACGCGUGGUAUACGACACGUCGGCAGCGGAUGGACAGUACAAGAAAACGGCGAGCAACGCGAAGCUACGAAAGUACCUGCCCGAUUUUCAGUUCACGCCUUUCGAUCAAGCGAUCGAAGAGACUGUUGAUUGGUAUAUAAAAAACUACGACCGAGCGAGGAAUUAAAAUAGUGGGAUUGCAAACUUUAUAAUCUUGCUACGGUUUAUACUUGGAGAUACGAGCUUCAGUUACAGCUCGUCGGAAUUCAGUUAUUAAUGGUGAACGAUAUGAAUGUCACGAGCGGCAAAACUGCAAAAUAUAUUGAAGAUCGAUGGGUGUUGAUCGUAUAAUUUUAUCAUGCUGUAAAGAAGCUGUUUUCCGAAGUAAAUUAUCUUUACGAAACGUUGUACUUGUCACUCGAGAUGAACGAGAUCGAAACGUUUCGUUAAACCUUUGCAGGCGAGUUCAAUCGAGGCCUCUAGAAUUGGCAAUAAUUUCGGUGAGUAUUUCCAGACUGUUAAAUAAACAUUUGAGGAUACGU